AUGCAUUCUGCCCUGAUGUGUUUGGGUGUCUUGUUUGGCGUGCUGACCCAGGCGUACUUUCUACCUGUCAAGAAUUCCACAAGUGUGCAGGAAGGAAAGAUGAGGGUGAAAAGGGAAUACUCAGAUGAAAUUCCAGAUCAUGAUGAAAUUACUGUAAUGGAUCAAAUCCUGCAAGUUAAUAGCAUGUUGCGAGCCCCUCGAGGACUAUCAAUCAGAGAUGGAGAUAUUGCCAGCUCAUAUGUACGGAGUGCCAUAACAUGUACUGGCAAUACCUGUCUGUGGCCUAAAUCUGUUGAUGGAUUUGUUUAUGUGCCCUACAUAAUCUCUGCACUAUAUGAUGACAUGGACAGGAUCACCAUAGAAACUGGGAUGCAAGACAUUACCUCUGGAACAUGCAUUAAAUUUGUUCCACGCACUCAUGAAGCCAAUUUCCUUGAUAUUCAGCCAAGAUAUGGCUGCUGGUCAUUCCUGGGGCAGACUGGAGGAAGCCAGACCCUGUCACUGCAGACUCCGGGGUGCAUGUGGUCAGGAGUGGCUUCCCACGAGUUCAUGCAUGCGCUUGGUUUUGUACAUGAGCAGUCCCGCUCAGACCGAGACCGAUAUGUUACAAUUGUAUGGAAAAACGUCAUGCCAGACCAUAUUCAUAACUUCCAGAAACAGGUGACAAACAAUCUCCGCAGCCCAUAUGACUACAGCUCUGUCAUGCAUUAUGGCAGGUAUGCCUUCUCUGAAGGUGGGGGACCAACAAUAAUCCCCAAACCAGAUCCUUACAUUCCCAUUGGCCAGCGAGAUGGGCCCAGUGCUCUAGAUCUUCAUAAAAUAAAUUCCCUGUAUAACUGUGCUGCUCUCAGGAGUCACACUGCUGACCUUGUGUGGAUGCGGAUGUAUUCCCUGCAUCAGGCAUCUCUGUCUCAGGACGCUGGAGCCCGUCAGAAGCGGGCGUAUGAUAUUCGCGCCCAUGGACCCACUCUGGUGCCUGGGGACAGGGUGUGGGUUUACUGCCCCCAGAGGAAGCGGGGGCAGUCACCCAAACUGGCCCAGCACUGGCAGGGACCAGGGGAAAUCCUAGACAAGCUGUCAGAGGUUGUUUUCCGGGUCCGUAUGCCAGGGCGGGGUCGGUGGGUGGUGCUCCAUAAGGACCGGUUGGCACCAUAUCACCCACUGGUCCCCGAACUAGAGACUGUGGCAAAUCCGGACAACCUCUUCUGCAGAGUUGGGGGACUCGGAUGGACUGGGGGUGGGGCCUGGCGGAAGGAGCAGGGACCUAAGGAGGCCGAGCCACGCUUGCCGCGCCCCAGGAUAUCUGAGGGACUUUGUUUUGGGGUCAAUGGCAUGGCUAGGGGGAGGAACCAGGAAGUGUGUGUGUGCGAGAAAAGAGAGAUCAGAGAAGUGUGGAAGAAACAGAGGGGUUUUUGUGUUCUGCUGAUGUUCGAGUUCUGUAACUGUUAUACACGCCUGUCGCCCUGA